AGGCGUGAGAAGCGGGUCCCUGGUGUGGGGUGCCAGCGAGAGGCGCCUGCCUGCGGUGAAUGCAGACACCUGCGUUCUGCGGGAUGUGACCUGGGUGGAACAGGCAGCCACAAGCCGGCAGGGUGUGGCGAGCAGUGUGUAUCCCUCCCCACCCCCCCGCCACCACCUCUCAGCAGUAUCUCUCGGAUUUUGUUUUUUCAAGCUGCCCUUGCUGGACGUGCGUCUGGAAUCUGAUGUGAGCGGGCUCCUUUUGAUCCUGCGUAUCAGGGACUCCUAUGGCAGAACUGGGGCUCUCUGCCAGGGUGAAGAUAUUUGGGAAGAGUUUCCUGCUCACGGCUUUUUCCUGUUGCUCUUUUCUUUACUUGUAAAUCCCCUGCAUGUGAGGAAGCCAACGGAAAUAUUGGGUUUGUGCUAUUUCACCCCACCCACCCCUGUUCUUGACAGAGCUGAAAGCAGGGGAGGACUGGAGGCAGGUUCAGCCCAAGCACACAGGCCCAGACAGGUUGAUGCAGCUCCUGACACAAUCAACAAGGAAGACGUGCUCGAAGACGCAGGACUGAGAGACAAGAAAACAGGCUGCAGGCACGGGAGAAUGCUAACAAGAUGUGAGCCAGCAGGGCCUCAGCAGCACCUUGCUAUGUACACCUGAGCUGAGGACAAUGAAGCAACUGGGACAGUGGCUAAACUACAGGUGGAGGAAAAAUUGUGAUCAAACACAACUUCGAGCACAUUAUCAAGCCUAUUCUUGGGAAUUCAAGAUGGCUUCCAUAGGACUUCUCUUGCUCUCCUUGUAAGGUGGUCCCCUGGUUAUGGACAAGUUCCGUUCCUGAGAACAUCCUUAAGUCGAAUUUGUAUAGAAUAAAACUGUUCACAGGAAGACACUUUUGGACACUACAAUGGAGUCACCAGGCAGAGAGGAAGAGACAUAUGUUUUGGUGGAGUAUGCCUUUGAAUACACCUCCAAGGAUGGGCGAUUUAUUUCAAUCAAACCCAAUGAAAGAUACAUGCUUUUGAGGAGAACAAAUGACCACUGGUGGCAUGUUAGAAAGAGCAAAGAAGCCCGGCCUUUCUACAUCCCAGCUAAAUACGUCAAAGAGCUGGGCCCCAGGUCCCAGACCACGACUCUUUCUGAGAAUCUUCCUUCAGUAACCCUGCUGGAAAACACCAACUUGGAGGCCUCCACUGGGACUGGCAGGGAGAGACUGCCAGAGUAUGAAUAUCAGUUUGUGACUGCUCCCCCAGAGUGUGAAAUAGAUUCCUCCCAGUGCAAUUCCAUCUGUUCAGAGGUGGGAAAGUCUGACACUGGUGGGAAGGGGCUGUUCCCCAUUUCUGGAGCAACAAGAGCCACUCGUUCCACCCUCAGUGGAUCACAUGGUUCCCUUAAACCUUCACACACACGAGGUCCUGCUUCUCCCCUGGUGGACUAUAGGCUUUCUGCUGAACACAUGAGACCUACAAUGUCCCUGGAUGACUUGGCAAGGUUCACACCACAUGGCCAGAAAGGUACUGGGAACUCAGGAUUGUAUAAAACUGCCUCGUGGGGUCACCCUCUUCCACUCCUGAAAAGCCACUCUGAAAAUAUCCAUAACCCAAUGGAGGAGGAUAGAAUGAAGCUGAACACAAAAGAGCACUAUCAGCCGUGUGAGUCGACAGAUACAGACCCUGUGUAUGUGAAUCUACAGGAGCUUCAAUUGGAACCGAGAACUGCUUCUGCCAGCAGUGCUGAAGCCACACUCCAGCCACCUCUCAGGAGCUCCCUGACCAACUGGGAGACACACACAGACACAGAAAGUGGUCAUUUGUACUAUUACAACCCAGCGACAGGCCAGACGACGUGGGAGCCCCCCUUCGGCACAUCAGCGAAUAGUGCAAGUCCUGCCCAUUCUUGUUCCCCUUCACUUGCCCCCAGCCCUUCCACGCCUGCUGAGUGGGACCAAUAUGUAGAUGAGGCCAGUGGGCACAUCUUCUUCUACAACACAGCAACAGGCGAGACUUCAUGGCAUGCUCCCACAACGGAUGAAGUGCUUGACUACUCAGAGAUGCAGCCUGCCUUUUCUCCCUACAGCCCUGUGGAUCAGAGGCCCCCAACUCCAGAAACUGACUACCCCAAUUUUUCUCCUGAUGAAUUUGAACACUACCCUGAAGAGGAUUAUUCUCCCAUUGGUUCCUACCAGCAUCAGGACUAUCCUCAUGUCCCUGCAGCAGAGCAGGGCUGGGCUCCUUAUGGAAACCAGGAGGGACUGGUACUUGAGAGCUACCAUUAUGCCUCAGAUUUGGCAAUUCCAGCCAGCCAUCACCACAGUACCAGCAGUGGAUCCAGUCUAGAGAGCAGCCCUUUUGGGAUUUUGUCGUCCAGUCUCUUGACUUUCUCAGACCCAAAGGAGGAACAGUUCAAAACUCUUGAAAAGGCUGGCAUGCUCUAUCGAACAAAAACUGCGGAGAAAGGAAAACGCUUGAGAAAGAAUUGGAGUUCUUCAUGGACAGUUUUGGAAGGUGGAGUCUUAUCAUUUUUCAAAGACUCAAAGCAUUCAGCAUCUGGCAGUGUGAAGCACCCUUCUGUGUUGAGCAGCCCGGAGCACACUGUGGAUCUUCAUGGAGCAACACUUUCUUGGGCCAGUAAAGACAAGUCAAGCAAAAAGAAUGUCUUGGAACUGAAGACACGGGAAGGCUCUGAGUAUCUUAUCCAGCAUGAUUCGGAGACAAUUAUUGGCACUUGGCAGAAGGCAAUUGCUAACAGCAUCAGCAGAUUGGUGACAGACUUCCGUCAUGACAGCAAUGAAGAAAAUUCAGCAGACUUCAGAUCUAAGGAACAAGUAGGAAGCAGCAAAGAGAAAGAAGCCUCUUGGCAUUCAACCAGCUCCCUCAGCUCCGACUGCGAUGCCAACAAAGUCCGCAACAAGCUUCGAAAGUUUCUGCUGAGGCGGCCAACACUCCAGGCCCUGCGGGAGCGAGGCUACAUCAAAGGCUUAGAUAUUGAUGGACUGUACCGCAUAAGUGGGAAUCUGGCUACAGUACAAAAACUGCGCUACAAGGUUGAUCACGAUGAACACUUGGACCUUGAUGAUGGCCGUUGGGACGAUGUUCACGUCAUCACUGGGGCACUCAAGCUCUUCUUCCGCGAGUUGCCAGAGCCACUUUUCCCCUUCAGCCACUUUCACAAGUUCAUUGCUGCCAUUAAAAUUACAGAGCCAACUAAACGAACUCACCGCUUACGGGAGCUGGUAACUUCUCUACCUCCUGCUAACCACAAUACCAUGAGGGUACUUUUCAAGCAUCUCUGCAGGGUUAUUGAGUUCCGGGAUGAGAACCGCAUGACAGUGCAAAGUGUUGCAAUUGUGUUUGGACCAACAUUACUGAAGCCAGAGACAGAAGAAGGGAAUAUGACUAUGCACAUGGUUUUUCAGAACCAGAUUGUGGAGCAAAUUCUUAGCCAGUUCAGCUACAUAUUUCCAGAGAGCUAAACCCUCCCAUCAGAGCACAAGAGCCCAACUGAAUGAAGAAACAGCUUUGCUACACGAGUUCAUCCUGGCACUCUGGGAAAGGCUGUAUUACUGGAUAGUGUCAAGACACAGAGAUAGUGAAACGGGGACAAGCAGUCACAAGCAAUAAAACAAUCAAUGUUGGAUUCAGAAUGGUCUCCACUGUUGCGGGAAUGGGAUAGGCAAGCUGUUGGACAAGAGAAAGGCUAAUUGUUCAACACAAUACUCUGGGUUAGUGCUUUGAAUUUCCCAUCUGGAGUGUUAUUUUGCUCUGUGGGGAUGUGACCUAGUGUGGAAAAAAGCUACUGGGAAGGUUUUGUGGUUAAGUCUAUGCCAUAAUUUUUUCAGGUGUAAAUGCUAAUGAAUUGUAUGGUGAUGAGCAUACUGCGAUUCUUUUGUUCUUUUGAGGGAACUAGGCAUGGUUGAAUGUAGGUAAGUAGUGGGCUUGAACCAGGACCAAACAGCCAUUCCAUCAAGACGUCUUCAUGCCUCUACUCCAGCCGUCACACACCACCUGUUCCUGCCAAUACACAAUGCAAAGAAAUGGCAAGAUACCAGUACACACCCACUGUGUCAUUAUAAUAUCACAUUGGACAAUUCAGAUAUGUAAUGUUAACAACUAUGUCUCAGCUACUUAUUCCAGUGUGUUUGUGUAUGGAAUUUAGAUGAGGUGAGGGUAAAUUGACGAUUGUGAUAGACUCGUAUUUAAUUUUCUUGUGUAUCUUGUCCUUAUUCUUACCAUUGGUAAUGUGAUCUUACUUUGUUAUAAAUUCAGUGAAAUUCGGCAUGAGUUUAAAUGCUACAUGAAGCUCUUGGUGUAUUUGCCUUUACUCACAGCCUCCUUCACCGUAUGUAGUGAUACAAGAGUAAAUCCCACGUCCUCUCAAAACUGAAUGUCUGAAUAGACUGAAGUCCAGCAAGCCAUGAGAAUUUUGAGGGUGCAUUCUCAAAGGAAAAUAUUGACUUUCAUGGGCUAGGCAAGACAUGCACAUGGUGGGCAUGUUGUGAGCAGAGCCAGAUGGAGUCAGGGGUCAGACUAGAUGGCCCGGGAGGUCCCUUCUGACUCGCUCUGUUUCUAUGUUUCAAUGUAUUCUGCUGGGAAUAAAUGUGAUGUUCACACUGUGGCAUGACAAAGUGCUGACAGUGGCUGGACUGAAACCAGUCAGCCUCUUCCUGAAGCAUAGGAGUGCAUAAAAUUAUCCAACACUUCCCGUUUUCUCUUUAUGCUAAACCUAGAGCUCAGGAAUUAGUAGCAGGAGCACUUUUUAGAAAUGGUAUUUAUUAUACUGUACAUGAACUUCCCAUUUUGUGUCUGUGUGCCAUGCUUGCCUGAUGAUGCUCUAGUCAUAUGAGACUUGGAGGCAGUCAGUGUGCAUAACUGAGAUGUGUGGAAUAAGUGCUUCUACCCCCGCUCCCCAAAGCAAUAUGAAAGUGUACCUGAAGACUUUUUACAAACGGGGUUCUUCCUACUCUCUUGGAGAGGGCUGCUGCCACAAAAGUAGAAGACCCAUCACAUUCCAACCCCGCCCCCCAGCCCCAAGUUGAUCGUAGGGUACUACUUCUGCCUUUGCCUGCAGUCAGGCACAGAAUAAGCUGCCAGCAUUCUUGGUGUGGUGCUGGGUUGCCGUACAUUCAAGACCUCUGCCUGGCAAUCAUGGCUGCUCUACCACCUUGCACAGAAGAGGAGAGACCUGAGAAAUCAGCAUUGCUACUGCUCUGUACCCUACCGCUUUCUGCCUUUAGUACUGAGACAACUAUUUCCACUGUGGACAUGAUAUUGGAGGACAGCUGGAUUCUGUUCUUUUUAGCCCGGUCUUACUGUAAAGGUUCCACUGGGUUCUGGGCUAACAGGGGAGUAAUGGUGUUAUGAAUCCUUUGAGGGUGAGGCGUCAUUUUUAAAAUACUAAGGUAACAUCAGCUGAGAAGAUGUAAUAACCCCUGAGACCCAAGAUGCUUCCUGUACCUGCAAAGGGUGUUAAGUGGAAGGAUGUCAGUUGCUGCAUCUCACACAAGUGCAUUAGUUAGAUAAUUGAACAUUAGCAAAUGUUGAUAAAAUACCAAAUGAUCCAACUCCUUCUUAAUCUCUUCGAUAUUAACAGAUGUUGAUUUUAAAAAUGGAGCUAUAUUAAGAAAAUGCAUAGCUAACUGUGGUUGGACCAAAAGGAAAUAUUUUUUGGAAGUCCAUUCACUGUGAUUGAUCUUUUAAAUAAAUAAUAAGACUUUAAGUGAAA